AUGCCUGGCAUGUGGUUGUCUGAGAAUCAGAGUGGUCUCUUCCUGUUCGGAGGUGUCCUGAUGUUUUUUGAUCGAUCACUCCUCGCAAUGGGCAACAUCCUCUUCCUUAUCGGCCUUACCCUGAUCAUCGGUGUCCAAAAGACAAUCGCCUUUUUUUCACGCCCUCAAAAACUCAAGGGUACCGCCGCUUUCGCAGCAGGAAUCAUUCUCAUCUUGCUCCGCUGGCCCUUGACCGGCUUCAUCAUCGAGCUGUAUGGCCUCUUCAUUCUGUUCGGCGACUUCCUCGUUACAAUUGGCCAGUUUGCGGGCAAUAUCCCCGUCGUCGGACCGUACAUCCAGCGCGGAAUGGAGAUUCUGGCUGGUGGGCGCAGCAAUGCUGAAUUGCCUGUAUGA